AUGCAUCUUACUUAAUAAUCUACAUAUUUCUUCCAAAGCAAAAAAACAUUGUGAUGGAAGCUCUCGGAACCGAUAUUAAACAUGGUCGUUGUUGCGUUUGCAUCGAGAAAAACAAAAUAUGUACCAAAAAAUGUGAAUUUGCUGCAUAUUUUCCAAAUGAAGUGCAAAGCGAUUAUGAAGCUGCUACUAAAUUGUUUGGUACAACAAAUAUUAUAAGCAUGAUGAAACUUGCUUCUCAUGAACAAAACCAUUUGUUAGCAUCAUCGAUACUCAAAGAAGGUGCUGCAUGGACCGAUGAUAAUAUCAGAGGUGGAUAUGGAGUUAUCCAAAAGCUGAUGUGGGAGAUCAAAUUACAUGAAUCCUACCUCUCUAAGAUAAAGAAGAAGAUUUCAGAAGAAAAGAAACAAAUAGUUCUACUUUUGAAUCAGUAUAUAUAAUGAAAUUUAUCUAUCUUCAUUUAUCCAAUAAUAAUUA